AUGGGGAGGAGAAAAUCAGGCCUUUUCAAACACACCACGCUGAAGGUACGAGAUGAUGCCGUCACAAAAGCUUCUGAACUCUCCGUGCGCCAGUCGCUACUGCCCAUCAUUCUCGUGACGACGCUUUAUUUUCUCUGGGGGUUCGCGUAUGGCCUUCUCGACACCCUGAACAAGCACUUCCAAGGAGUGCUGGGCAUAUCUCGCGCCCGCUCAUCUGGCCUGCAAGCCGCGUACUUUGGCGCCUAUCCGCUGGCCUCACUGUUCUACGCGAACUGGAUUCUCCGCCAUUACAGUUACAAGGCCGUCUUCAUGUUCGGGCUCACGCUGUACGGCAUCGGCGGGCUCCUCAUGUGGCCGGCCGGGUUGAAGCGGUCCUUUGGCGGCUUCUGCGGUGCCACCUUCAUCAUUGGAAGUGGGCUAGGGAGUCUCGAGACGGCAGCAAACCCCUUUAUCGCCGUGUGCGGUCCGCCCAAGUAUUCUGAACUGCGCAUUAAUCUGGCUCAAUCGUUCAAUGCCGUGGGCACGGUCGUCGGACCCGUCCUUGGCAGCUACGCCUUCUUCAAGAACACCGAGGAUGACAUCCAGAGCCUGAAGAACGUGCAGUGGGUGUACCUCGCGAUCGCCAUCUUUGUCUUCAUCCUGGCGUUUGUUUUCUACAUCUCGCCGAUUCCUGAGGUCACGGACGCGGACAUGGAGCAUCAAGUUAGUGUCACGCAUGGCGGGGUCGAGGACAGGAACAAAAGACCCUUUCGGAAACAAUAUACGGUAUUCCAUGCGGCGUUCGCCCAGUUCUGCUAUGUGGGCUCCCAAGUCGCUUUGGCAGGGUAUGCGAUCAAUUACUUUACUGAGAUCUCCGAUAUCAGCGACGCCACUGGGGCCGCUCUCCUUGCCGGAGCGCAAGGCUGUUUCGCCGUCGGUCGCUUCUCUGGCUCCUUUCUCAUGCGCUUCAUCCGCCCCCGAUACAUCUUCCUCUUCUACAUGACUUCGGUCAUCGCGUUCUGCAGUGCGGCAAUCACAGAGAGACGAAACACCGGGAUAGCCAUGUUCAUGCUCACGCUUUUCUUUGAAAGCGUGUGCUUUCCCACGAUUGUGGCAUUGGGGAUUCGGGGCCAGGGACGCCAUACGAAAAGGGCGGCCGGGUGGAUAGUCGGCGGUGUCAGCGGUGGUGCUGCCGUCCCACCACUCCUGGGAGCCACGGCCGAUUGGCGUGACUCGACGCCCUUUGCGUUUGUCGUUCCCGUCUGUUUCUUCAUUGCCGCGUGGACCUAUGCCCUGUGCGUCAAUUUCUUGGAUUACUACCGCAUACCGGCGGACGCGAUUGGGGACAGUUCCGUCGGGCUGCAGGGAGACGGCGGGAGGGAUGAAGAAGGGAGGCGCGGUGAGACUGAGAAGGAAGGCGUCAUGGAGGUGGAGCAGGGCGGACCAGCCGAGGCCGGGAGCUUAGAGAAGGAAUGA